UUGGACGGUAUAAAAAAGCCGCGGUGACCGCAGAGCAGACCAGACCUCUCUGACUCUGCCCAGGUGAACCUCACUGCGCGUUAUGGAGCGCACUUUCCGGGAGCAGCUCUUCUUUCUGCUCCUGUGUCUGUCCGUCCUCAAGGGAGACUGCAGGUACAUUGAGAACAACGACAUCUCAAAAGAUGAACUCUAUUCGCUUCUUAGCGCGGAUCUCAGGAGGGAAAUACCUGAUCUGUUAAUGUAUCGCCGACCUUUGCGUUGCCUGGACAUGGUGGCGAUGGAGGGCCAGUUCACCUUCACAGCAGAGAGCCCUCAGCUCAGCUGUGCAGCUUUCUUCAUGGCAGAGCCCACUGAGCUCAUCACUGUGGAGUAUGACAGCGUGGACAUCGACUGCAGCGGAGGAGACUUCAUCACAAUGUUUGAUGGAUGGGUGAUGAAGGGUGAAAAGUUCCCCAGCUCCCAGGAUCAUCCACUGCCUCUACACGAGCGCUAUGUGGAUUACUGCAGCUCGGGAUCAGUGAGGAAAAGCGUGCACUCCUCCCAGAACGUGGCGAUGGUCUUCUUCCGUAUUCACAGCGCUGGCAGCAGCUUCACCCUGACUGUCAGGAAGCACAUCAACCCCUUUCCCUGUAAUGUUAUUUCACAGUCACCAGAGGGCAGUUACACAAUGGUGAUCCCCCAGCAGCACAGAAACUGCAGCUUCUCCAUCAUAUAUCCAGUGGCCAUCGACAUCUCAGAGUUCAGCUUGGGACACCACAACAAUUUCCCCAAGAGGAAGCUCACUGGUGGUGAACUGCCUUCAACCUCGACUUUCCAUGUGAAUAAUCACCUAUUCUCUAGAUCCUUACCUGGUUGUGCAGAGUCUGAGGAUUACGUGCAGUUGUUGGGAGGAAGUGGUAUUGACACAUCAAAGCUGCUUCCCAUCACAGACCUCUGCAUCACCUUCACUGGACCCACCCACAUGAAAAUAGCCUGCGAAAACACAGUGGUGAGGAUGGUGUCCAGCGGGAGGUUUGUCAGUCGUGUGUCCUUCAGCUACAGGCUUCUGGACAGCCAGGAGCUACAAACGAUCAAACUCAAUAAUGUGGAAGAUUUCUGUUUCAGCAACUGAUCCCAACAGGGUCAAAUUGUAACAAAUGCAUCUUUUGACUGCCAAACAUUUCUUAAGUCAUUUCCCACCAUGUCAGUCUAGAUUCCAAGGACGUUGAAGUAAGAUGAAAAUGAAUAAAUAUGAUGUGAGAAAACAUUUACUGGCAUGUUGAAUUUAUUUCCCCAUGGUAUCAUUUUUUAUGGCUUAUUGUUGUUGCAAAACAUGCUGUAUCUCAGUUAAAUUGUGUUUUAUGAAAUUGAUGUUUCUAUCUAUGCUUUUUUUUACAUCUACUUAUUGUCAUGGUGUUAUUGUUAUGUAAUUAUUCAUGGGUUUGUGAUUCUUGAAGUUGAACGGUGCUAAAUGAGUUUCCUUUUGUUUGUAUGAAUGAUACACGAUGUGCUGAGUUGAUUUAUGUUAAGCAGAAAGUUAACCUAAUAAUUAUUAGUAUCUGGUGCCAAUAUUCAGUUAAAUUUGGUUUAAAAACAUAC